AUCCACAGCGGCGGAGCGGGCGGCGGAGCAGGAGCGAGGCGGCGACAGCGGCUGCGACUCCGAGCACCACUCCCAUAAGGACAGAGACCCUCGGGGACCACAGACUUGAUCUGGAGAGCUCCUUCCUGUGGCCUCCUAGCUGCUCUGCUGGUUUGUUCCUUCAGUCUGGAUUGGUGACACACACCCACUGGAGAUUAUUUCCAGGUUUGCUGGCAUGGGAAACUUGCUCAAAGUCCUGACCCGGGAAAUUGAGAAUUAUCCACACUUCUUCCUGGAUUUUGAAAAUGCACAGCCUACAGAAGGAGAGCGUGAGAUAUGGAACCAGAUCAGUGCGGUCCUCCAGGAUUCUGAGAGCAUCCUCACAGACCUACAGGCUUACAAAGGGGCAGGACCAGAGAUCCGAGACGCAAUUCAAAAUCCCAAUGACAUUCAACUUCAGGAAAAGGCUUGGAACGCAGUCUGUCCUCUGGUGGUGAGACUGAAGAGGUUUUACGAAUUUUCCAUCCGUCUUGAAAAAGCACUUCAGAGUCUAUUGGAAUCUCUGACGUGUCCACCCUAUACACCAACCCAGCACCUGGAACGGGAGCAAGCCCUCGCAAAGGAAUUUGCAGAAAUCUUACAUUUUACCCUUCGAUUCGAUGAGCUGAAGAUGAGGAACCCAGCUAUUCAGAAUGACUUCAGUUACUAUCGAAGAACAAUAAGUCGUAACCGUAUCAACAACAUGCACCUAGACAUUGAGAAUGAAGUUAAUAAUGAGAUGGCCAAUCGAAUGUCCCUCUUCUAUGCAGAAGCCACGCCCAUGCUGAAGACUCUUAGCAAUGCCACAAUGCACUUUGUCUCCGAAAAUAAAACCCUGCCAAUAGAGAAUACCACAGACUGCCUCAGUACUAUGACAAGCGUCUGUAAAGUCAUGCUGGAGACACCGGAGUACAGGAGCAGGUUUACGAGUGAGGAGACACUGAUGUUCUGCAUGAGGGUGAUGGUGGGGGUCAUCAUCCUCUAUGACCAUGUGCACCCUGUGGGAGCUUUCUGCAAAACAUCCAAGAUUGAUAUGAAAGGCUGCAUAAAGGUGUUGAAGGAACAGGCCCCAGACAGUGUGGAAGGGCUACUGAAUGCUCUCAGGUUCACUACAAAGCACUUGAAUGAUGAGUCAACUUCCAAACAGGUUCGAGCGAUGCUUCAGUAGAAGUCCUGCUCAGAAAGGAGGAUCUAUGCUGACCUCAGAAGAUGUAGAUGUUUACAUAAUUUAAUACAGAUUGAUGUUCAUACUUGUGUAUUUACAUAACCAUUUCCUUCUUGUCACUGAAAUAUAUGGACCUUAAUUUGUAUCCUGACUGAUUCAACCCAGCCGAGCCUAAGUGGACUUGAGAGCCUUACCUUUGAUGUCUGAAGCGAAACUCCUUUCUCCAAAGGCCAGAUUCGGAAACUUCGACCAUGGCUGCUGGAGUCCUGUAGUGACACCUGUAACCAUCAGAGAUGCUUAAUCGCUUGUGGUAUUGUUUUAACUCUAGAUGUUUUAUCUCUCUGGGAGUAUAGUUUCUAGAAACACAAAGUACUUGAUUUCCUGUGUCGGCUCAGAUACAAGAAACACACACACAACUGUUACCGUGAAGGAGAGCAGAGAGAGAAGAAUCCAAGAUAAGAAAACUGCAUGUGGAGAGCGGAGCACAAGUGUUCUGAGUUCAGCACGUCCCCCACCCUCUUCCUGCCGCCUGCAGACCUCACGUGCAGCUUUUCUGUAUGCACGUGUUUUAUUAAUCUGAAUAUUCUCCUUCUGUCUCAGUUUGUGUCCCUUUCAUUCCCUUUUAGUAUUUGCAAGAGGAAAAUUACCUGUGUUUUAUUCAGCUAAUGAGGAGGCUAUGGGAUAGACAGAGGGCUUCUUGCAGGAGGGUUGGGAAAAGGAAUGUCUUAAGAAUAGUAUGAGAGAGAGAGAGAGAGAGAGAGAGAGAGAGAGAGAGAGAGAGAGAGAGAGAGAGUUGGCAUAAGGACAGUCUUAUCUGUGUCAACCCUCCUCUGCCUGCAGGGACAGAUAAAUAGAACUCUGGUUGUGAGAUCAUAAAUAAAAUCAAUCACCUCCCAGGAGUGUACAGCGUUCUAAGUAAGUACACCACCCGACUUAAUAAGGAAGCUCCCAUUCUCUAUCAAAAUGGACUGUUCAUAUCAGAGCUGAGAACUAAAGCACUUUGUCAAUUAUCAGAAAACUGGAGGACUUUAGAGAGAGGAAAUCUACGAUUGCUGAUUACCUGGAGUCAGCCCCCGCUAGUCUGGGUACUUUGGCAGAUUCACGUUUUGUCUCACCUUCCUCAUAUGUAAAACAGACAGUCUUGGGGAUGGAGAGGUGGCUCAGUGGUUAAGAGUACCUGUUGCUGAUGCAGGGGACCUGGAUUCAAUUCCCAGCACCCGCUUGGUGGCUCACGACUAUCCAACACUCCCGUUGCAGGGGAUCCAGUGCCCUCUUCUGAUCUCUAUGGGCAUUGGGCAUGCACACAGUACACUUAUAUACAUGCAGGAAGAAUACGGAGACACAGGAAAUGAGAGAAAUCUUUUUUAAAAUCUAAAAUGGAAGGCUACUAGGAACCACUACACUAACCUUUCUUCAUGCAUAAAUCCAAUGAGUACUGCCCCACCCAUCUUGAUGAAUAUCAAUAUCUUCAAGACUGCAGUCAUUCUACCUGUAGGUCAGAACUGAGCUCAGAUGGAAUCUUGAAACAUAUUCUGACCUCCAAUGAAAAGAUAACGGGCAUACAAGGUGAGGUGUACAUAGAACUAAAUCCUUGAGUGUUUCCCACCUGACUCUACUCUUUCCCUGAUCACCAUGUGGCCUAAGAAUAUAUACUAUGGAGUCUAUGGACCGUUGGAGAGAAAUUUUUAGUCUAGCCUGUUUGAUUACUUGUAUAUCACAGCUAGAAGGAGAGAAUUUUCCAGACAACUGAUGAAUGAUAAUCCUGGAAGUCAGGUCUAGAAUUAUUAGGGUGUGGUAUUAUUUGGUUUGCAACAUCCCAAGGCAAUACUUCCAGAAUAGGGUGGCCAUCCAGCAUUCCUUUGAUUCCUCCAAGAAAGAUGAUACUUGGUUCAUUUCAAAAAACCAAAUGCAGACAAAUGGGAGAACCAGUUCCCCAGUUUAUGUCAGCGUAGUCAACAGCAUAAAGGCUUUGUCACUUGGAGCUUUACCAGCAGAGUAAAUGCGCCCAUUGACUGACCUAAGCAUUCUCUAAGAGUCGUGCUAGAUAGCUUCCAUGAUCUUGUCAAACCUAGGAAUUCCAAAAUCUCGAGGAAGCCAGGAAACAGUCCUGUGGCAAUGAGACAUUCUCCAGUGUUCAGCUUUAGGGAUUUUCUAUUUGGCAGCCAUAGGCAGUGCUUCGUUGGGCAACUCUUAAGCCUACAAGAGCAGAGAUGCACAAUAAGCACUUGUCCAUUUGUUCUUUCCUCAGCAGGGGAGAUUAGGAUUUCAAAGACAAAGAACUGCCCAGUUUCCAUUGGGCUCUUAGACACAGACCUGAGCCAUGAACCCAAGCCACGUAUCUACACCAUAGCUGCCUCUCAGCUGGCUACAUAAGGAAACAUUAGGGAUUAUCUGUCAGAAUAUACAUAGAUAAAUAAAUAAAUAAAUAAUAGUUUAGGACAUUUGUAACUCUUAGUUAGACUUUCUGUUAAAUGGGACCAAAUGUGUGUAUGGGUGCUGUCAGUCUGCUUCAGUCUAGCCAGUCCACUAUCUCCAAGAUGAGACUCAACAGGACUUGGAUUUUGAGAAGCCCAUGCUCUAAAUAAUAGCCUCAGGUCAUCAGGGAGACAGGUUGAGUGUCUGUGAUCACUAACAGGGAGUGAGCCUUGAGUUCACUCCAGAACUGUUGUGGGAGACCAAUACUCUUAACAGACUGUCCAGUAGGCAUCGGGAAUCCUUGAACAAUUUGGGUUUUCUUCCCCUUUUUUCUCUGUCGUGCUGCAUGCACAUGUAUCCAACACUCACGGGUUGUUUGGG